AUGCUUCAAGUGAAGCAUCCGUGGAGAAGUGGCUGUUCGGCCAGCGGCGGGCUUAUUAGACUCGCAGAAUCGGGUCCAACUUCCGAGGCUCUACUCCAUCAACUCUCCCUCAACACAUCGAGGCCUCGUCCAAUGUCAAAACUCUUCUUUCGCCCUUGCUUCAUCGCUCGAGCACUAACAUCGUGUCAGACGCCAACUCGCAAUUCUUUUCGUGUAGCACCGAGACUCUCCAGAAUGGCUUCAGAUGCCCCGCAGGCCACCCCGCAGUGGUGGGAAGCUUUCCCCGACGCAAAGGCUUCGUGCCCUCGAGUUGAAGCAGCCGAAGUUGCAGGUCUCAUUGAGAAGAAUGCAGCUGCUGGGAAGGGAGCCACGAGGGACUUUUUGCUGGUUGAUGUUAGGAGGACCGAUUGGGAGGGCGGCACUGUGGCUACGUCCAUCAACUUCCCCGCCCAUACAUUCUACCAGACACGGCCAGUCAUCUAUCAGCUUUGCAAGCAGGCGGGCAUUCGAAGAAUCAUCUUCUAUUGUGGGAGCUGUGGCAGCAGAGGCCCGCGAUGUGCCGGCUGGAUGCAGGACUACCUCGAUGAGGUUGGCGAGACCGACAUCAAGGCCGAGAUCCUGAUCGGAGGCAUCAAGGGCUGGCAAAAGACGUACGGCGGCAAGCUCAUGGACUAUUACGACGAAAAGGUCUGGACCAAAUAG